AUAAAAAAGUCACUCCUCCCUGAAGGAAGUCCCUACCUGCAGCUGCUGGUGUCAGUACUGGAAUCUCCUCCCAGCGUGACCUUCAUUGCUUCUGUCACGGUGACAGCUUCCCCAGGGCUGUCACAGUCCGAACUUGCCCUUCCUCCAGGAGCAGAAGCUGCAGCGGAGAACACCUGUGCAGCCACCAGCUCUGACGUCCACUUGCCUACAUGUGAAGUGGUGCUCAGCAUGGCGGGCGUCCCAGGGCUCCUCUUCCUUCUCCUCCUCCUCUUCUGUGCUCUCGGGCAGGGGAGCCCCUACAGUGCCCACUGGAAACCCACUUGGCCUACUUACCGCCUCCCUGUCGUCUUGCCCCAGUCCACCCUCAACUUAGCCAAGCCAGACUUUGGGGCUGAAGCCAAAUUGGAAGUGUCCUCCUCAUGUGGACCCCAGUGUCAUAAGGGAACGCCACUGCCCACUUAUGAAGAGGUCAAGCAGUACCUGUCUUAUGAAACGCUCUAUGCCAAUGGGAGUCGCACAGAGACGCAGGUGGGCAUUUAUGUCCUCAGCAGUGGCAGGGGUGAGUCUUCGGGAAAGUCUCGGAGGAAGCGGCAGAUUUAUGGCUAUGACAGCAGAUUCAGCAUCUUUGGGAAGGACUUCCUGCUCAACUACCCCUUCUCAACAUCAGUGAAGUUAUCUACAGGCUGCACUGGCACCCUCGUGGCAGAGAAGCACGUCCUCACAGCUGCCCACUGCAUACACGAUGGAAAAACCUAUGUGAAAGGAACCCAGAAACUUCGAGUGGGCUUCCUGAAGCCCAAGUUUAAAGAUGGUGGCCGAAGGGCCAACGACUCGAGCUCAGCUGUGCCCGAGAAGAUGAAAUUUCAAUGGAUCCGGGUGAAACGCACCCAUGUGCCCAAGGGUUGGAUCAAGGGCAAUGCCAAUGACAUUGGCAUGGAUUAUGACUAUGCCCUCCUGGAACUCAAAAAACCCCACAAGAGAAAGUUCAUGAAGAUUGGAGUGAGCCCUCCCUCCAAGCAGCUGCCAGGGGGCAGAAUCCACUUCUCUGGUUAUGACAAUGAUCGACCUGGCAAUUUGGUGUACCGCUUCUGUGAUGUCAAAGAUGAGACCUAUGACCUGCUCUACCAGCAGUGUGAUGCCCAGCCCGGGGCCAGCGGGUCAGGGGUCUAUGUGAGGAUGUGGAAGAGACAGCAGCAGAAGUGGGAGCGAAAAAUUAUUGGCAUCUUUUCAGGGCACCAGUGGGUGGACAUGAAUGGCUCUCCACAGGAUUUCAACGUGGCUGUUAGAAUCACCCCUCUCAAAUAUGCCCAGAUUUGCUAUUGGAUUAAAGGAAACUACCUGGAUUGUAGGGAAGGGUGACACGGUGUUCCUUCCUGGUGGCACUUAAUGGUCUUCAUGUACUUAUUUUAGGAGAGGCCAAAUUUUGUCAUUGGUGUGUGUGUGUGGAUGUGUGGAUGUGUGUAAUGCGUCAAAUAUCUUUUAUCUAAUUUUUUAAAAUUGCAAGAUGACUGGCUUUAUUAUUUGAAAACUGGUUUGUGUAUCAUAUAUCAUUUAAGCAGUUUGAAGGCAUACUUUUGCAUAGGAAAUAAAAAAACAUCCUGAUGUUUGGGGCAAUAGGGAAAACUUAGCGAUUAUAAGUUAAUCUUUCACUUUUUGAGAACUUUGAUUUUUAUUUCAUCUGAACUUGUUUCAAAAGUUUAUAUUAAAUAUGUGACAUAUGGGAGAUAUAAAUUCUUA